AUGGCCAUCGCGGAUGGCAAUGUUGGCGUCGCGUUCGCCAUGGUCAUCGGCGCCGGCGCUUCGACCAUCCUCGGCGCCUGCUUCGUCUUCUACGGCAAGAGGGAGCCAAACCGGGCCCUCCUGGCCGGGUCCCUCGGUGCUUCCGCGGGCGUGAUGAUCUACGUCUCCUUCGUGGAGAUUUUCGCCAUGAAAUCAUUCGAUUAUUUCGAAUCGUACGGCCUGACACCCGAGGCAUCGCAGCGCUACGCCACCCUGUGCUUCUUCGGCGGCAUGCUCUUCAUCCACGUCCUCGACAAGCUGGUGCACCUCAUCGCCAACGCCGAGCAGGAUCGUCCGGACACCAGUCCUGUCGAGGGUCCAAGCAAGAAAGCCGCCAACCUCGGUGCUGCGCCGCUCGACGAAGAGGACCCCGAUCCUGCCCUGGUCGGGACGACUUCCGGUGUCACCACGACUGUGGACGCUCAUGACAUCACGCGCGGUGUCACGCCUGAGCCACUGGAGCCCAAGGACCCUUCAUUGUCACAAAACGUGCCCUGUGGCAACCCAGCUUGCUUCUGCGACUUGCCGCCGGAACUCGUUCCGGAGCCGUCGAGCAGCGGGCUCGUGCGCGCAAAGGUCGCCGCGUGGGACGAGCUCGACGAUGCUGAGCGCAGGCGGUUGAACAAGAUGGGCGUGUUGACGGCGCUCGCCAUCGGCCUGCACAACUUCCCCGAGGGCCUGGCGACCUUCGUGGCCGCGCUGGCCGACACGCAGACGGGCUUCGUCAUCGCGGUGGCCAUCGCGCUGCACAACCUCCCCGAGGGCCUGUGCAUCGCGAUGCCCGUGUACUACGCCACGGGGUCCCGCUGGAAGGGCCUGAUGUGGGCCGCGAUCUCCGCGGUCUCGGAGCCCCUGGGCGGCCUCCUGGGCUACGUCGUCCUGGCCAACGCCUUCUCGGACCUCGCGUACGCCAUCCUGUUCGCGCUGGUCGCCGGCAUCAUGGUCUUCAUCUCCCUCCAGGAGGUCAUUCCCAACGCGCUGCAACACGACCCUGAAAAGAAGUACGUCACCUACUGCUGCUUCGGCGGCAUGGUCGUCAUGGCCGCCUCGCUGCUGUGCUUCCAGAUCUAG